GGCUCGCUGUGUAACCCGGAAGUGGUGCUGUCGCGCGGAAGUCAAUUUUUGGCUUUUAUGGCGAUCGAGUAGGAAUAAAGAUACAUUUUAUGUAUAAUCUGAACAUGAUGCUGCAGUGCAACAAUGUUAAAGCAGUCGGAGGGGUCCUAAAGGAUACCAGAAUGUGGCGAUUUGGAAGGACAACAGGGACAGGAGCUAUAAGCAGAAAAUCCUACAGGACACUAAAAGAUUUGCCUUCCAAACACGAAUCAACAGUUCCAGAGAGGAAAGCAGAAUUCACUGUUCCAUCUCGUAAGUUCCGUUGUGUCAGAAAAGCAGGACCCUUGUUACAUCCCAGUGUUCUUAACAGGUGGAUGAGUCCUUGUGGAAUGGCGUGGAAUGAACGGGUAAAAUUAAUAAGUUCAUCAUUGUCUGACAGUUUGAGGUUGUACUUUUCUGGCCCACCAAACACAGAUCCCAUAGAGAUCCACAAACAAAAGUUAAUGAUGUGGUUCAGUCACUUGCCUCAGGAGGAGAAACAGUUUGGGGGUAGUUUUUCUUCUGAAUCCAUGCAUGUAGAGCCACUUAUUCUUGAGAAACCCCCAGAAGAGGGAACAUGCCUUUCGCUUAAUCCUUUCAAAGGAAAUGAAUCUAUGAGAAAAUCUGUCACAGCUGAACAGCUGUUUGACCCAAGAUACAAUAUCAAGGAUGGACAAGGACUCAACAUAUUGCUCUAUGGAGCUGUUGGCACUGGGAAGAGUACAGUUGUCCGCAAGCUGGUUUUGGAUUGGUGUGCUGGUUCAGCUCUGACUCAGUUCAAGCUGAUGGUGCCGUUCUCUUGUGAAGAUCUUUCUCAAUUGUCUAAAUCUACCUCGCUAGGAGACCUUGUGGGUAGAAAGUAUGUGCACCUUCGUAAGACGCCAUUUCUCAGUGGAGAUAAUAACCAGGCCAGUGAGGUCCUCUUCAUCUUCAAUGGAAUGGAGAAGAUGAAAUUAGACUUUCGAAUUGACAUGACUGAAUUAUGCAGUGAUCCUAAUGAGGCUCUUCCAUCGGGAGGAGUUGUGGUAAACUUGCUGAGGAAAUACCUUCUACCUGAGGCCAGUAUUUUGGUCACAACUAGGCUGUCUGCUGUAGAUCGUAUUCCAAAGAAAUAUGUGAACCGCUAUGCUCAAAUCUAUGGUUUCAAUGAUCCUGGUCGCCAGAGAACCUACUUCACAAGCAGACUGUCACAGCAAAGUGGAAAAAAGCCAAGCAAAGAGGCAGAAUCUCUGAUUGAGAUGUUCUACCUCAACCUACAGCGGGACAGCCAGUUAGCAGCAGCCUGCCUUUUACCUUCCUACUGCUGGCUCAUGUGUGCUACUCUUCACUUCCUGCACUUUACUGAUGUCAAAGCACCCAUUCGCACCCUUACUGGUAUCUACACAAGUUUCCUGAGGCUUAACUUUGGGGGAGAGGUGCUGACAGUAGGAGGAGCCCUAUCUUCACAAGAGCACCAGAAUUCAUUAAUGCUUUACGUGGUCCGCACUGUAGGGAAAAUGGCGUUUGAUGGAGUCAGCAGCAAACGUACUUCCUUUUCAGAGAUUGACUUUGAACAGUGGGUUGGUGGAAAGACCAAAACUGAUGAAGAGCUUCAGCAAUUGGCAGUGUUUCAUACAGAUGUGCUAGAUUUCUUCCUCGUGCCUUGUGUGGAACAUGGUCGAAAGCUUACUGAGUCAGACAAGAAACACUAUAUUUUUGCUAUUCCAGCAAUGCAGGAGUAUCUGGCUGCUCUUUAUGUUGUUCUUGGUGAGAACAAAACUGCCUUGGAGAAGGUGACUAAGCAAGUAUCAUCUAUCCUUGGACCUGCUGGCGAGGACAUCACUACCUUAAUGACCAUUUUCUCCAAGUUUAUACCUAUCAGGAUUUUUGCCUUGUUCAACUUACUGAAACUGUUUCCCAAAUUUUUUGAUCGGGUAAAUAGCCUUAGUAGGGGGCGCAUCGCUAACACCAUGGCUGCAGAAAUGUUUCGCUCAGAAGACAGUUACAAUGAAGAUGUUCUCGAUCAGGUGGAGCAAAGCUUGCUGGGAGUUCAAGGCCCACAGCCACAGGAAAAAGAUGACACAAGGUCCUUUGAGUUGUACCCGAUCUUUAUGGGUGGACUCCUUCAUUAUGGGAACAGAAGACUGUUGAAUCAACUUGGCUGUGACAUUAAGAGCACCACAGUAGUCCAGAUCACGCGAACAUUGAAGAAGCAGCUGAUCAAGGAGAGCCGUAAACAGCAGCCACCUGAGGAGUUGAUGGAUUUGCUGGUUUUGCUUUAUGAGCUCCAGAACCCUCGGCUCACGGCUGAAGUGUUACAAUCCGUCAAGAUCAUCAACCUGUCCAGUGUGCGCAUGACUCCACUGAAGUGCUUUGUGCUGAGCUCAGUGCUGAACUGCUUACCUCCUGGCUUUCUGCUGAAUGAGCUCAACUUAUCCUCCUGCCAUGUUACUCCAGAGUUGUUGCACAUCCUAUAUCCUGCCUUUAACAACACCAGAAGCCUCAAUCUGCAGUUUAACAAUCUGGAUCCUGAAUCCUGCAUGCUGCUGCGAGAUCUGCUACUUGAACCCAACUGUAAAAUUAAGUCUUUACAGUUGUGUGAUAACUCUUUGUUGGACAGAGGAACUAGCCACCUUCUGGAUGGUCUGUCUGGUAACCAGUCUUUACAGAGGCUGUCUCUGAUGCAUACUGGUCUUGGAGAUAGUGCUGCUUCUGAGUUAGCUGCAAGGCUGGCCUUGCAUGGUGGGUUACAUGAGCUGAAUGUGGCCUACAACAACAUUGGAGAUGGUGCAGCACUUAAACUGGUUGACGCCUGCAGAGAGCACCCUACUAUUCACACAUUACACCUGUACUUGAACCAGUUAACUGAUGUGGGGAAGCAGUCACUGUAUGUCCAUGGCGUUCCUCAGGAAAAAGGUGGAAGACGAGUGAAGGUGCUUGCUUCGGUGACCGAGGGCUCAGACAUCUCAGAAGACUGGCAUCCCAUUCUGAACAUCAUAAGGAAGAACUCCUUAUCCUGGGAAAGGGAACGUGUACGUGAACAGCUUCUGGUCUUUCUGAAAGAUCUGGAGUGGGGCCGUAAACAGCAUUCAAGCUUCUGGAAGAAGUUGCACUUCCACAGAGUGGAGCGUGUGGUGAGGCAGACUCUGCACAUGCUAGAAAAAGGAAGCAGUGCUAAAUGACGGAACCACUUCAUUACGCAAAGCUCUGGUACUCUUCUGGGAAAGUUUAACAUACUAGAUACAAAUGUGACUUGUUAAUUUUAUGUACAAAUAUUAACUGCAAAUCUGGUCUUCCUUCUUUACAUUUUAAUAGUUAUGUAAAAUUUCUCUCAUGAGAUACUUGAACAUUCAGAUCAUGCAUGUGAAUAUGGCCAAAAGUAUGUGGACACCUGGCCAAUCACACCCAUAUGUGCUUGUUGAACAUUUAAAUAACAUUUGGCUGGCUUUUUUCAUGGUAUUUCAGAUAUAUUCCAUUCAGCUAGCAUGAUAUUGAACAAGUUAAAGACAAGUUCAAUAUCAUGCUAGUUGAAUGGAAUAUAUCUGAUAUACCAUGAAAAAAGCCAGCCAUUAUUAUACAUACACACUCUCUUUUCCAGUUUUUCAAUGUCCUUUGGUAUGUUUUUCUCUUGUAAACAGAGGGGAAACGACAGCAUCCUCGAAGGCCCAAACAUAUUAGCAUUUCAAAUAUUAUAUUUAAUUUAAUUUAUUCUUUCAUAAUUUCAUUGUAAUUAUUCUUUUCUAAUUCGGCCUCAUUUUCUAUCAAAUUUGCUUCAGAAAUGAAAGUGUUACUGUCCUAAAAACAUUAAAAUCAAAUUAUCCAA